UCAUUUUUCUCCUUCUGGGUCAUUUUAAGAUUCUCUGAAAAUUUAAGCCAAAGUUCGUACCUUUCUUGGUCUCUCCUCGAUGAGCGAUUUGAAUAAAGCUUAAAUCUUCAUUUCUGCAAUUCCUCAGUCGUUUUCUAAUCAAAAUCUAAAUUACCGUUUCUAUUUGAUUUGUUUGGAUGCUGACACAAUUAGGGGAGAGCUAUGAUUUUUUAUUUGCUUCUUAGAUGUUCAAACGAUGCUAAAGAUUUGAAAUUUGAAGAUUGCAAUAGUCGUCUCUGGAGGCAGUUGUCUUCACGAACAGAGGAGACAUUGUCUCUUUGAUUCUUCUUGAGCUUAUUUAGGGAGAGAAAGCGAGAGAGGGUCUGAUGUGUGUCUCAAUCUCGCAAGUCUCUAGACUUAGAUUCCAUUCAUUUGGAAGUUCUUGCUGUGAACGUGUUCAUGGCUGGCUCAAGAACAGCUCAAGCCUGAAGCUGCUUGAUGUUAGAGCUUCUUCGGUUGAUGGUAAAGCCAGAUGGGUCAGACGAAACGUGAGUACAACUACACAAGGUAGUAGAAGCAACAACACUAAGAGCAGUGUGUUGGGAGGAACAAUUCCUGUAACCAGGAUUAUAGAUGAAGAGAGCAGGACCAAGAUACAGCAGCAGCCUUUUGGAAAUCUUCAGCAACGGCUUUCCCAAGACAAAGAUCUGCCUAAACUCCUCACGGUUAUAGUCUCUGAUCUUGAGACAACCGGCUUUAAUAGAACGAAGGAGCGGAUAAUUGAAAUUGCAGCACAGGAUUUAGCUGGUGGUGAGAACAGCACAUUUCAGACUCUCGUCAACCCGGGAUAUGUUCCUGUAACUAACACACAUAUCCACGGAAUCAGGAAUGAUAUGGUUCGUCGACCCGAGGUUCCAAGGAUGGAAGACCUGAUACCCAUAUUUCUGCGGUAUGUUGAGAGUCGACAGAAGCCUGGAGGCUAUGUGAUGUUAGUUGCACACAAUGGAAAGUCAUUUGACUUCCAGUUUUUGAUCAAUGAGUUUAACCGUUGUUCUUUCGAGAUUCCUCAUAAUUGGUUGUUACUCGACUCGCUCCCACUCGGCAGAGAGCACAUGAAAAUUAUAGACCCAACAGUAAAGCCAAAAGCAGGAUUAGAAGUUCUUGCAGAACACUAUAGUCUUACAAGGGAUGGUGACGCUCACAGAGCCAUGUCAGAUGUUUUACUCCUAUCUCAGGUGUUCCAGAAACUCACCAUUGAUCUCAAGCUCUCCGUUUCUGAUCUCGUUCUCCGCUCUCACACUGCAUCCGAUAUCGCGACUGCCAUGGCCAAGAACAAGAAGGCCUGAGACAUUUUUAGACAGCUAGCUAAGCUUCUUUUGGGAUAUUCAUCUCUCAUUCUAUUAUCAAAUGUAUUCUCUGCAAUUAUGUAACCAAUUAUUUAAUUUGAUUCUAAAAUCAAUCAACCUAAAUAAAAAGAUGUAACUUUUUAUACAGGACCCAAAACCACAAUCCUUGUAAGAAAGAUUAGUUGUUUAACUUUGUCAAAAGGAAUCCAGAGGUAUCAAUCAAUGGUGUGUGGAA